AUGUAUAGCCUCGCACGGAAUUCUCCAAAACGAUUGAUCUAUCGCCUACUGGAUAACAAGCAAAGUCGGCCCGAAAAUGCUACAGGCAUUGCUGAUCGCGCUCAUCUGCGCAAUGCGCCAUUAUUGGAAGCAAUGAGGCGGAAAUCGAUGUCAAAAACUCACCUAACUAUAAACGUGCCGAUAAGCGAGAAAAAUAGCAAAGAACUUCAUCAACAUUGGGUCGAACAAGCAUUUAGCGGUCUGAUGGCAGCUAUAGCAACAGACAGGCUGCCAAAGGUAUCCGCCACGGAAAGGGAACGGCAUCAUAAUUGCGCCAAAAAAGCUGAUGAUGUACGAACACAUGCAAAAUGCAAUUUAUUGUAA